AUGCCCCGGGGAGGGACUCUUCCCCACCUGCCUCCGCGUUGCUACGGCGACCUGCCUCCCCGGGGAGGACCGGGCACCUUCCUUGGCACCGGGGCAGGCAGAGCGACUCGGCAGCCGGGCAGGAUGAGCCUCUCUCCGCCGGAGCAGGACCUCCUUCUCCGGGGAAAGGGGGGCAGCCGGCCCUCCAACCUCGUCCGGAUCUUUGUGAGCUCAACGCCUUCAGGUGCCCCCCGGUUUGCCGCAGAGGACAUGGAGGCAGAAAGAGAGGCCCUGAUGGAGUCGGCGUACCCCGAAGUCCAGGCCUUUUGCCAGAAACACGGCUUGAUGUUCGAGGUCAUUGAUUUGAGAUGGGGCAUCCGUGACGUCACAGGCGCUGGCCAAGAGCCCCUCUUCCUGGACGAGAUUCGGCGCUGCCAGGAGCUCUCGGUGGGGCCCAGUUUCGUGGCUCUCCUCGGGAGCCGCUACGGCCCCUGCCCGGCCCCCGCGACCAUCGGGGAGGAGGAAUUCGAGGCCCUGGCGGCCCAGCUGCAACAGGAGGAGCCGCAGGCUUUGCAGAUGCUGACCCGGCGGUACCUGAAGGACGAGAACGCCGCCCCUCCGGUGUACGCCCUCCAACGUCCCCUGCCCCACGGCGAGGAGCAGAGUUUGGUCCCGGCCCUGCGCAGAGCAGCCCGGGAGGCGGAGAGGAAGGGGAUGAUUGGCCAGUGUCAGCGACUGCGCUACCACAAAUCAGAUACGCACAGGGAAAUCGAGGCACGCCUCUUGGGGCCGGAGGACGAAGGGACCGCGGUGGUCUUCCUCCGAGAAACCGAGACCUCCCUGGACGAGGAGGGCGAGGAAGAGGGCGAGGAAGAGGAGGAAGAUGCCCGCCAGAUGCUGGAGGAGCUGAAGGGCACCGUCGCCAGCGCCUGCCCUGGUUUGCUCAGGGUCCACCGGGCACCCCAUGCUGCGGCCCCCGGCGCCCUCCGCCAGAAGCCACAGCCCAAACACCUCAAGGAGCUGUGCGACCAGUUUGUGGCCGUCGCCAACUACCAAGCGAUCCGGGCCCUGCGGGCGCGGGAAGGGCGCCCUGGUGGUAGGCGGCUGCUGCAGGAACUCAGCCACCACGCCGCCCUGGCUCAGGAGCGUUGCCGCAGCCCGUGCUGGCGACCAGAGCUGGUGGACUCCCUCUGCCAACGCCUGAGGGACAGCCUGCCACAGUGCCACCCUCCCCUCGUGGUCCACGGGCCGCCCGGCUGUGGCAAGACCGUCCUGCUGUGCCACCUGCGAGGGGCGGCUUGCCAGGCCCUGGGACCUAAGGCGGUGGUGGUUUUCCGGCUGCUGGGGGCAUCGCAGGACAGCUGCGGGCGCGACGCCCUCCUUGCCAGCCUCUGCCAGCAGGUUUGCCUGGCGCUGGGGCUGAGCCCGCCGGGCACCGGUGACCCUCUUCUGCGCUUCCACCAUGCGCUCCUCUCAGCCUCCCGUCAGGGCUCUCAACCUCUGGUCUUGAUCCUCGAUGCCACGGAGAGUCUGGGCACCGCCUGGCUGCCGGCGGUCUGCCCUCCCGGGGUGCAGCUGGUCGUCUCUGCCCGGGACGAGGGUGGCAGCGCUUUUGGCGGGGACCCCUUCGUGGUGGCCCCUCUCUCCGCCGAGGAGGCUGGCAAGGCUCUGGCCGAGAGCUUGGCAUCUGCAGGGCGUACCCUCCAGCCAGAACAGCAGGCGCUUUUCCGGCAAAGCUUCUCCAACGGUGGACAGGCGCUGCCGCUGUCCCUCGCCCUCACUGAGGCUCGUCGGUGGGCAUCGUACGCCCCGCUUUCAGCCCUGGCGGUCCCACUCAUGGCCACAGAGGCCGCGCACCGCCUCUUCGGGCGCAUGGAGGAAGCGCAUGGCUCCGUGUUGGUGGCGAAUGCCCUGGGCUACCUCGCUUGCGCCCGGAACGGCCUCUCCGAAGCAGAGAUGAAGGAUGUCCUGUCCCUGGACAAUGAGGUCCUCUCUGAGGUGUACCGGUCGCACCCUCCGCCGGGCAAAGGGGUCCUCCGCCUGCCGCCCUUGCUGUGGUCCUGCCUGCGCCGGGAUUUGAACCCGGAGCUGGAGGAGAAGUGGUGCGGCGGCUUCGUGCUGAUGGCCUUCCUCCACAGGUCAGGGGCCACCCCUCUUCCUCCCCUCCUUUUUGGGGCUGCCAAGGGGUCCGGAAAGAGGGUCCCGGUUCUGCCGCGAAAGGGCGAAGCCCGCAGCUUGGGCGCAGCAGGACACCUGCUUGGCAUGCAGAACGUUCCAGGUGACAUGCUGGGCACCUCCAGGGAGUUUUCGGCCGCGGUGGAGGAGCGCUACCUGUCUCGGCCGGAGGACCGUGUCCGGCGCCACCUGCUUCUGGCCGAUUUCUUCCGGGGGACCUGGAGUUGGGGGGCGAAGAAGCCCAUCGUGCUGCCCUCCUCUGCCAAGCCUGUGAGCGUUGACAGGAAGGUGACGCCGCAGCCAUUGUGGUUCUCCAGCCGUCUUCCCAACCGGAGGAAGCUGAGCGAACAGCCGUUCCACUUGCUCCACGGGGGACGGAUGGAAGAGCUGCGCCGAGACGUUCUGGGGAACAUGGCCUGGAUCUCCUGCAGGGUUGCUUCCUCUGGCGUGCGGAUCCUGGCCACGGACUUUGCCCUGUGCCUGACUCACAUCAUCUGCCCGGAGCUGCGUUUGGUAUGGGAUUGCCUCCUCCGGCUCCUGGAUCCCGGUGUGGACGAUGCUGAGGGCCGUUUAGAACCAAACGUGGUCUACACAGAGAUGCUGGCGCGGUUGGAGUCGCUGGUGCCCUCGUACCCGGGCGGCCUGAUCGCGGGUCUUUGCCAGCAGUGCAAGAGCUGGCUUGGAUCGCGGCCCCAUCCGUCCCUUGUCCCUCUCGUCGGCUUCCUUGAUCCACCGGACGGGCCUCUGCGGAAGACGCUGCCAGGAUUCCCCAAAGGCACCUCCGUCCUGGAAGCCAGCCCUGACCACAGGAUGCUGUUGGCUGGCUCCUCGGACGGCUCCAUCAUCGUGUGGGACACGGAAGAUUUCUCAGUGCGUCACGUCCUCCUCGGCCACUCGGCCGAAGUGAGGUGCCUGAGGGUCUUCGCCAGGGGUACCCGCGCCGUUUCGGUCGCCCAGGAUCGAACCCUGCGACUCUGGAGCCUGGAGUCUGGCAGGGAGGAAGCUGUUGCGCCCGCCGUCCCUGCGGGGGAUCAGGAAUGGUGCCAACUCAGCGUGGACGACAAACACCAAAUUGUGUACUGGGUGUCUGGCUCAGAGGUGGAGGCCUGGCACCUGGGCACAGCGGCCCCCGCUUUCCGGAUCUUGGCUGAGCCACCAGGCGGCUGGCUGUGCGCUGCCAUCUUCGUGCCGCGGCUGGUGGUGGUGACGGUGUCGGGGGGCUGCGUCCGCCUGUGGGACAGUCUCAGCGGGCAGCUCCUCUCCAGGCAGCAGCUGGGGGGGCUGCCAGAGGAUGGAGCCCCCACCUGCGGCGCUUUGCUCCGGAAAAUGGGCAGGAUGGUGUCCGGGUUCAGCGAGGGCUCCCUCCUGAUGGUCUCCUCAGAGGGAAAUAGCCUCCUGGAGAAGCUCCCAGAGAAGAUCUGCUUCGUGGCGCUUUCGGGAGACGAGUCUCUUCUCGCGGCAGGAUUUGGGUGCCGCGUGCGAAUCUUCCGGCCUGACCCGACAGGCUUCCACCAAGUCCUGAACUCUGAUUUGCUGCACGAUGAGGAAGUCUGUGCCACUGCCAUCGCUGCCGACAACACCACCGUCUUCACGAGCUCUCGGAGCGAGUGCCUCUGGGUGUGGCGUCUGGGCCAGGAGGGCUGGCUGAGGGGCGUUUGGGGGGAUCGAGGACCACCCGCCACUCACCUGGCCCUCUGCGGCUCCCUGCUGGUGUCCGCCUCUCCCCACGCGCCUUACCUUCGGGUCUGGGACCCCGGUGACGACCCCGGGCGCAAACCCUUGCCGCCUUGCAUGGCCGGCGCGAAGUGCGUGGGGCUCUCCGGCGGCGGAAAAUACGUCUGCUUCCCCCGGUCCCUCGAGAGCUGCGAGCUGGUCCUUUGGGACGUGGAGGAAGGAGAGGAGCGCGAGAUGCUGGACACCUCGGCUGCCGUGCGGUGCCUGGAAGUGGCCCCCCAGAGGAAGCUGGCCUUUGUGGGGCUGGCGUCCGGGACGGUGCUGGUCUUCCCCUUGGACUCGCCGCAGGACGUCGGGUGCAUCCCUCCGGCAGAGAACCGGAAGCCCGUCUGCGCCCUGGCUUUGGCCCGGAGCGAGGAGCAAGUGGCCGUGGCUUGCGAGGACCUGGUGCAGGUCUUGGACGUGGGCUGGGGGGAUCCAGGGCCCCUGAUCGACCGGCCGGCCUUCUCCUUCUACACCCAGAUCCCGGGCGCCGACAUCUCCUGCGUGGCCCUGCUGGGCGGGUACCGGGUGCUCUACGGCAUGACCGGCGGGCAGCUGUUCCUCUACCACUGCUCCCAGGGCCAGGUGUUCGCUCUGGAAGCCCAUGGAAGCAGUGGCGUCACCUGCUUGCAGACCAGCCACGGGGAGGCCUGGGCGCUCAGCGGGGCGGCCGACUCUCUGCAGUGCCUCUGGGACGUGGAUCGGUGCCGCUGGGAACAUCGGAUGUCUUUCCAAAAGGAAGAUUCCUUCUCGCAAGGCGUGCUCUGUGCCUGCUUCUCGACGGAUGACCGGCUGCUCUUCACGGCCUCCCUCGAUCAGUGUGUGACGGUGUGGGACGUCUCGUGUGGGGCCCUGUUGGCCGUCCAGCUUGUGCACGCGAGGGUGACCAGGAUCGUGCCGACGCCGGACGGCUUUGUGGCGGCGACAAGACUCGGCUACCUCAUCCGGGAGAGGUUCCUCCACCCGCCGUCCACCAGCUCUCGCUACGACCCGCUGGGCGGCAUCAGAGCCACGUGCAGAGUGACGUCUCGGAGGACCGGCGGAGAGGAGGACGAGGAUGUCGCCAGCGGGCAGCUGGCACGCCGGGGGGACCACGCAACCCAGGCCGGGCACAGCCACCUCAACAACAAGCUUUCGCAGAUUUGCAGGAUUGGGUAAGGGGCAGGGCUAGAUUAUCACAGGAGACCAACUCUGGCCCCAUUGCACUGGUCGCUGGUUCAUUUCUGGGCCCAGGAAACCAAAAUGCUUGCUUACAAAGCCAUUGUACUUCCAACCUUAGUGUUCGCUUGUGAAACAUGGACCACUUAUAAAGGCCAUCUCCAAUUGCUUGAAUGAUUCCAUCACAGGGGUAUCCACAAAAUUUUACACAUCACCUGGGAAGACAGGUGAACUAAUACCAGUGUACUGGAAGAAGCAAAGAUCUCCAGUGUCGA